AUGGGUGACUGGAACCUACUUGGCAGCAUCCUAGAAGAGGUCCAUAUUCAUUCCACUAUCGUGGGCAAGAUCUGGCUUACCAUACUCUUCAUCUUCCGCAUGCUGAUCCUGGGUGCGGCCGCUGAGGAUGUAUGGGACGACGAACAGUCCGAGUUUGUCUGCAACACUGACCAGCCUGGCUGCAAGGCGGUUUGUUACGAUCGUGCCUUCCCCAUCUCACUCAUUCGCUUCUGGGUCCUGCAGGUCAUCUUUGUCUCUGCCCCCUCACUGGUCUACAUGGGCCAUGCCCUCUACUGCAUCAGAACACUGGAGAAGGAGCGCCACCGCAGACGGGCCCAGCUGAAGGAGGAGCUGGACGAAGCUGAGUUGGCCUUGGACGAACAUAAGCGCAUGGAGAGAGAGCUGAGGAGGCUGGACGAGCAGAGGAAGGUGAAGAAAGCUCCUCUCAGAGGCUCUCUGUUGAGAACCUACAUCAUCCAUAUCCUUUCACGCUCUGUGGUGGAGGUCUGCUUCAUCCUGGGCCAGUAUAUACUCUAUGGUGUCCAACUGGAGCCACUAUAUAAGUGUGAGAGACUGCCUUGCCCCAACAGUGUAGACUGUUACAUCUCAAGGCCCACAGAGAAGACCAUCUUCAUGGUCUUCAUGAUCGCUAUUGCUGGUGUGUCACUUUUCCUCAACAUUUUGGAAAUAUCCCACCUGGGCAUCAGGAAGAUCAAACAGACACUGUAUGGAGAGAGGUACACGGAAGAUGACAGUUUGAUUUACAAGUCCAAGAAGAAGGCGUCCAUACCACACCUCUGUGUAAUGAGCAAUGUAUCGCCUCACAAUGGGCCUUUGAGUCAGACCUUUAAAGUGAUUCCAGAGGCGGACAUGAAGCCUCCUCAUUACAACACUGGCCUCAAAGCCAACCAGGACGUGCCAAGACACUACAGCUUGGCUGAUCUGGGACAUAGUCAGACCAGCUAUAUCUGCCCCCAACCUAGGAUGCCACCAAGGUCUGGCCAGAACUGUGCAAUCCAAGCCCCCCAAACCCAUGAAGGUCUAGAGGUCCACACAGCCACGAUGGACCACAAUCCAACCUGGGUUUCUGCUGCGUCCAAUGUGGAGGGAAGUACAACAAGCCAUCAUGAGGAUCACCAUGAUGGAGAACACCCUCGCCCAAGCCAUUUGGAAGCUCUACUGUCCACUAGCACCUUAAGGCCCAGCACUAUCAGAGACCUGGAUGAGGAUGAGCGAAGGGAGUCAAUGGGAAGUGAGGUCCUGAUCCCUAAUCCCAGAAAGACCAGCUUUAUGACCAGGCUACCGUCUGAGAGCUUGUCCUCCAUCAGUGGCUCCACAAGCCCGUCCUUACAUACCUCAGAGGAGUCGGAUGAACUGGGAUCCCUGCAAGGAGACAUGCCCAUGAUGCCGCCUGCAGGAGGCCGAAGAAUGUCAAUGAGCAUGUUUCUGGAUAUCUCCUCUAUCAUGAAGAAGUGA